CUGCAAUAUUUGUUGGAUGGCGUCACAGGGUUUCCUCGGUAACGUGCUGAUGAAUUCCACACACAGAGCUGCGUGAAUUUCAGUACGAGGGGACAGGACGACUGGACAGGGGUUGUACAGCCAGGCAAAUUGACGUAGCCCGUCUCCCUAGGUUUGUUGCUGAGGCGGCAGUUGUGGUAGUGGCAGAGGUCAACAAUGGCGGACAUCAGUGAGCAGUGCGCACCCAUCGUGGUGUACCAGGAGGACGUGAGCGAGAACCCUGUCACUGCGCGAAGCCAGAAGGAGAUCCUACAAGAGGCCUCACACACUCCAGCCUCUUGUCUGGUGGGUUCAAUAGGGUCCCUCAGUGCAAGGAUUGCCCGUUUGCCUCCCCUCUUCAGCUCUAUGGGUUAUGACUGCGGACAGACGCUACAUACUCACCUAGCUGCUUUCGCAGAGGGCAAAGACAGACAAGACAAGGCGGGGUCAAAGUUCACGCGGCUGUCGUCCCAGCAGAACUCGUCCACGUCGCUGCAGAAUCGCCGGCACAACAUGCCAGCUGAAAAGCGUGAGGUGGGCAUGCCCAAGCUGGUGGAGCUGUAUCAGUACCCAGGGUUCAGAGAUGACAUGCCCAUGCCCCUGCCACACAGCAACACCUUUUCUACCAUCAUUACCCACGUAGUGAGGGCACAGCCACACCUCACCGACAAGCCCAGGUACAAGGCAGUGUUCCAAAGCAUCCUAUCUUCUUCUAUGAUGGAGGACUUUGUCAUGGACUCCUUCUGGUGGCUGUUUCUACAGCACUUCCAGCCAGACGCACACAUACAGGACAGCCUCUUUGCACGAAUCGCAGAGAAUUACAUCAGAAUCCUGACCCAGAGUCUAACAUCACGCAGUGGCAAGUGGUUUCUCAGGGAGUUCCCCAGUACUCUGGCCCAGACCCUGUACUGCUGCUUCUGCUGUUGUUUCCCUCAGUCCUGCAGAACCCUCCGCAGUGACACCUUCCUCAUCCCACUGUGCUUUACUGCCUACCAGUGGACAGGAGGUAUCUGUCCUGCCCCUGAUGUUUUUAAAAAGUGGGAUUUUGAGGCUCUGGAGCCAGAGGAGGCCACUCAUGUUCAGUUUGUUUCUGGGAACAAGAGGAAUGAGAAAGAGAGUGACUCAUGUCUGUCUCUCCUAGACAGUAUGUUCUCCAGUGCCUAUGUUGAUGAGCCCUUUCAUGGCAGUGCCACCACUCUACUGAAGAACAAACCGAGCUCAUUGCUGACCAGUAGUAGUCACACCACUCUGGAGAGCCAGCCAUCUAAAAGCACAGUUAACACAACCAGCACUACUUCAGGUUCGGAAGGUAAACCCCUGUCUCAAUUUGAGAAGACCGUGGGCUCAGCGAACAUCACAGGGUCAGACCUGAAGGCCCUGACUGGACAGGCCAACCAGACACCUGCCAGAGAGUCCCAAGUAGCCUACCCGGACAUGGCGUUUAAGCGCAGUGUGUUUAACGUGUAUGGCAACAGUCCUCUGGUGCAGUACUACAUGCGUGUUCUCCACAUGGACCCCAAGGUGGGACAGGACGUACUGGUGGUCCGUACCGAGAUCAGCAAGCUGCCUCCGGCUGGAUCAGUGACGUACAGGGACAUUCUGAGUAAGGCCCAGGAGCGUUCUGUGGCCCACCGCAGGGCCCUCAGGACCAUGUGGGGCCAAUACUCCAAGGACCUCUAUGUUCUCAACCAGAGGAAGCUGGACGAGCGCUAUGAAACCUUCAGGAAACAGAAAAAGAUCCUGUCCCAGAAGACAACUAUCAAACGACUGUGCCAGCUACUGGUCCCAGAGACCAUUAAUGAAGAGGACACCAGGACCAGCUCUGAGGUCAUACACGCCUUCGAAAUGGCUGUGUCUGGGCUGGACAAAGUCACCCCUGACCCCUCAGUCUGACCCCUUAACCCCCAGGGUUUGACCACUGAACCCUGACUACCCUCAUAUCGGAAAUGCAUUAAAAAAAACAUGCUUCACCUGUA